CGGCGGCGGGCCCGGGCGCGGGGGCCGCGGCGGGCGAGGCCCUGGUGGCCGCGGCGGCCGCCUCGGUGCGUCGGAGCCCCGGGCCCGCGCUGGCGCGCCUUGAGGGCCGCGAGUUCGAGUUCCUCAUGCGGCAGCCCAGCGUCACCAUCGGCCGCAACUCGUCGCAGGGCUCGGUGGACCUGAGCAUGGGCCUGUCCAGCUUCAUCUCGCGGCGCCACCUGCAGCUCACCUUCCAGGAGCCGCACUUCUACCUGCGCUGCCUCGGCAAGAACGGCGUCUUCGUGGACGGGGCCUUCCAGCGGCGCGGCGCGCCCGCCCUGCAGCUGCCCAAACAGUGCACUUUCCGAUUCCCCAGCACGGCCAUAAAGAUCCAGUUCACGUCACUGUACCGUCCAGAGGAGGCCCCAGCAUCUCCCCUCCGGCCCCUGUACCCGCAGAUCUCCCCUCUGAAGAUUCACAUUCCGGAGCCGGAUCUCCGCAGCUUGGUCAGCCCCGUCCCGUCCCCGACCGGCACCAUCAGUGUUCCCAACUCCUGCCCGGCCAGUCCACGUGGGGCUGGGUCGUCCAGCUACCGCUUUGUUCAGAACGUGACCUCGGACCUGCAGCUGGCCGCAGAGUUUGCCGCAAAGGCCGCCUCGGAGCAGCAGGCAGACACAUCCGGAGGGGACAGCCCUAAGGAUGAGUCGAAGCCGCCGUACUCCUACGCUCAGCUGAUCGUGCAGGCCAUCUCGUCUGCGCAGGACAGGCAGCUAACACUAAGUGGGAUCUACGCCCACAUCACCAAGCAUUACCCCUACUACCGCACGGCUGACAAAGGCUGGCAGAAUUCCAUCCGCCACAACCUCUCUUUGAACCGUUACUUUAUUAAAGUCCCUCGUUCCCAGGAGGAGCCUGGGAAGGGGUCUUUUUGGCGAAUAGACCCUGCCUCGGAAGCGAAGCUCGUGGAACAGGCAUUCCGAAAACGGAGGCAGAGGGGCGUCUCCUGUUUCCGCACCCCCUUCGGGCCUCUGUCUUCCAGGAGUGCUCCAGCUUCGCCCACUCACCCUGGGCUAAUGUCCCCCCGUUCUAGUGGCCUGCAGACCCCAGAGUGCCUGUCUCGAGAGGGCUCACCCAUUCCACACGACCCUGACUUUGGGUCAAAGUUAGCUUCUGUUCCAGAGUAUCGGUACUCCCAAAGUGCGCCCGGCUCUCCCGUCAGUGCCCAGCCCGUGAUCAUGGCCGUGCCUCCCCGCCCGCCCAGCCUGGUGGCCAAGCCGGUCGCCUACAUGCCGGCGUCCAUAGUGACGGCGCAGCAGCCUUCGGGCCAUGCGAUCCAUGUCGUGCAGCAGGCCCCGCCCGUCGCCAUGCUAAGGGUGGUCACCACCUCCGCCAGCUCUGCCAACGGCUACAUCCUCGCCAGCCAGGCCUCGGCAGGGGGCGCCCACGAGGCAGCGGGCACAGCUGUGCUGGACCUGGGCAGCGAGGCCAGAGGCCUGGAGGAGAAGCCCACCAUCGCGUUUGCCACCAUCCCCACCGCCAGCCGCGUCAUCCAGACCGUGGCCAGCCAGAUGGCCCCAGGGGUCCCCGGACACACGGUCACCAUCCUGCAGCCAGCCACACCAGUGACCCUCGGGCAGCACCACCUCCCCGUCCGGGCCGUCACUCAGAACGGCAAGCACGCGGUCCCCACCAACAGUUUAGCCAGCAGCACUUACGCCCUCACCAGCCCCCUGCAGCUCCUGGCAGCCCAGGCUAGUUCGUCCACGCCGGUGGUGGUCACGCGGGUGUGCGAGGUGGGGCCCGAGGAGCCGGCAGCAGCGGCUGCCACCCCAGCCACCCCAGCGACCCCGGCCACUGCUGCCACCUCUGCCUCUUCCACCGGGGAACCCGAGGUUAAAAGGUCACGUGUGGAAGAACCCAGUGGGACUGUGACAGCGCAAGCCGGGGUGAUCGCGGCCGCUGGCCCACAGGGACCCGGAACCGGGGAGUGAUGUACCCUGUGUGUGGGCCGAGUGGGAUGCUCGCCAAAAGGGAUUCUGGGGCCGGGCCCUGACUGCCGGCCUCCCGCCGCCCGCGGACCGUGACGAGGAGGCUCCACGCUGACCUGCUCCCGGACACACUCGUCCUUCUUGUUCUGUUUCCUACCCCUGCUGUGGUUUAAAACAAAACCCAUAAACAAGUUCAGACAGCUGAUUGUA